AUGAGUGAGGUCGACGGAGGCAAGAGAAGGACUGCGUACCGCUUUAUCACUCAAGUAGACAUAGACUUCCUUAAGGAGGUCAUGGCUGUAUGCCCACAUGAUGCUCCUUAUGGACAAACCCUUGCACGAUGGGAAGAUUUUGUAGAGCACAUGCGCGAAAUGCACGGCCCCGACCUCACUACUGCAGGAUGUCGUAAGCGCCUGGAUGAUUUGAUGGCAGCAUAUAAGAAGAACACAGUGCAGUCCUUGCGCGCGUCUGGUACUGAGGAAGAAUACAAUGAAAGAGAACAGCUCAUCCAAGACCAGUCGGAUAUGAUGGACACAACGUACAAGACAAAAAAGACACUUAAGGAAGAGAAAUACAAGAUGAUCGACAAACGAGAAAAAGAGGAUCUCAUGUUGCGUGAAGCCGCCUAA